AUGGGAAAGCACAAACCCCAUCCCGCCGGCCGUCCGCCAAAGAAAGUCAAACCCAGCGAAGAAGACGAAGAGAAAGGAACAAUAUUCUUCUACAUGCCCAACGAAAAGCCCCACGGCGUAUUCUGCCAAUGGCACCCCAGCCCCUUUAGCAUCCCCAUCGCAUCACUCCAAUGGCUCGUCGACCUUGCACCAGCACCACCAUCAUCCAGCACUUCCAGUAUGUCCACAGCAACUAUAUCAGCAUCGGAUAUCCUAACCAACCACGCCUCCACCUCCCCCGGCAACCCCAACCCGUUCCUAUCCUUCACAUGCGCCGAACAAUCCUACAUGUACUGUAAAUCCCUCUUCUUCUCCGACCUCCACAUCUGCAGCUUGAUCCUAUCCACACCGGAUCCGAAGACGCAGAAGAAACACGGUCAGCGCGUCACGAACUUCUCCUUCGCCGCCUGGACCACAGUGAAAAGCCGGGUCGCACGAAUGGGGAACUGGUAUAAAUUCACGGGCGGGAAUGAACAUGCUGGGAAAGGAGCGGGGAAUGGGAAUAGACAUAUGAGGAGUGUGUUACUGGGGACGGGAGUGAGGGAGUUGGCGGAGGCGGGGAGGAGGGAUCGCGUGUGGGGGAUUGGGUAUAGGGCGUUUGAGGCGGAGGGCUAUAGGGAUUGGUGGGGGGAGAAUCUUUUGGGAGUGGGGUGUUGUGGAUUGGGAUUGGGAUGGUUCGUUGGAUAG